UUGCCGACUUUAAAAUUCAAAAUGCUCUGAAUGAGUUUCAAAGAAUGUAGCAUAGUGAAACUAAUUCGACUGAAAGGAAAUGGCUUCAUACCGUAUCUUGCACGUGACAGAUUCAGGAAGGGAAGAGGGAGGGCAACAUGGCUGUGGAAGGGAAGGGGAACACCGCCUCCCCCAUGCGGGAACGGGAAUGACAGGUGAACCGGGGCUGAGUUGGGAAGGAGAAAAGAGGAAAAGGGGAGGGCGCACGGGAGAAGAUCUCUAUGAUUUCAGAGCGGGGAAUCAACCAUUCAUCACAUUGAAUGCAAGUAUGAGACCGGUGCAAUCUUCGUGCAGAGAUCGAACGCACGAAUUUAACAAUGUAGCCGAGAAAUUGAAGAAAUUUAUCCCGUCGCCGGCAUCCAGCAGCGGCGCCGUCGAUGGUGGGGGAGAUGCCAAGGCCGAGGCAAGUCGGCCGGCUGUUGCUUUUCAGUCGGAGUUCAAUAAAAAAGCUUCGAAGAUUGGGCAAGGGAUUCAUCAAACCUCUCUGAAGCUCUCUAAGCUUGCUAAAUUGGGAAAGAGAACAUCAGUUUUUGAUGAUCCUACACUGGAGAUUCAAGAGUUGACGGCUGUGAUCAAGCAGGACAUCACCGCACUUAAUUCUGCUGUGGUAGAUCUUCAGCUUCUCUGCAACUCCCAUAAUGAACACGGAAACAUGUCUACGGACACUACAACCCAUUCAUCUACUGUUGUUGACAACCUGAAAAAUCGCUUAAUGAGCACCACAAAAGAGUUCAAAGAAGUCCUCACCAUGCGGACUGAGAACUUGAAGGUUCAUGAGAACAGAAGGCAGCAAUUUUUUUCUACUGCAUCAAAGGAUUCUGCCAAUCCUUUCAUUCGCCAGCGUCCUAUAGCUACUAGAGCUGCUGCUGCUAGUAGCUCUGCAUCUACAUCUCCCCCUCCAUGGGUUAACAACUAUGCUUCCUCUUAUCAGUUACCUCUUAGAGAUAAGGUGGAUGGAGAAUCCCAGCCUUUUCUACAACAGCAACAAGCUGUGCAGCAGCAGCAGCAGCAACAACAGGUGGCUCCAUUACAGGACAGUUACAUGCAAAGCAGGAGUCAGGCCCUUCAUAGUGUUGAAUCAACUAUUCAUGAGUUGAGUAGCAUUUUCACCCAGUUGGCAACCAUGGUUUCUCACCAAGGAGAACUUGCAAUUAGGAUUGAUGAAAACAUGGAGGACACGCUGGCAAAUGUGGAAGGGGCACAAGGGCAAUUAGUCAGGUACUUUAACAGCAUAUCAUCCAACAGGUGGCUGAUGAUCAAGAUUUUCCUGGUAUUGAUAGUAUUCCUCAUUAUUUUCCUAUUCUUUGUAGCCUAAAUCUUUCUACAAAUCAGAGUUCAAAAGAAACAAUUUCCCCUGUCUUCUCCUUUGUUUCCUUCUUCCAAGCUAUCUGUAAUUAUGUGUACACAUAACUCAAAUACGAUGGGUUUGAAGUUUAAAUCAAGAGAGUGAUAUAAU